UGUUAUGGUGAAGACCUCGCCCCACUGCAUCCCGAUCCCACAUUCCCAUCUCCAGCGUUCUUGCCCCUUCUGCUCCUGGCUCUUCAUCUUCUCAGCCUGCUAGCCUCGCAACGGCGCUGGAGCACUGAAAAGCGAAGAGUACAUACAUAUUCCUGUAUCACCUUGCAGUGUUUCAGUGGGUGCAAUCAUUUACUAGUAGUCAUUGAUAUUCGGGUAAUGGACUUAUAUAUUUUUAAAAAUUCCAAGAAUCCAGAGAGGGUUGGAGGAAAAUAACAUUCAUUAAGAAUAUCAGGUCGUGUAAAUAAAGAGAAAUAGGAAUAUUCGUGAAAGAAAGACAGAGAGAGAGAGAGAGAGUUAUGGGGAGCGUGGGAGGCUGAGGAUAUGCGUACCAGUGCGGGCUGUGAGAAUCAGUGAAAUUCCAGUAAGAAGAUGAGCGGGCAGACACAGCACGGACACGGGCAUGCCGUUGUCGUCUGGGAAUGGGAAAAUCGUCAGGGACGAUGGAGGCCUUAUAGUCCUGCAGUUUCUCAGCAUCUCGAGCGGGCUCACUGCAAAAAACUAACGAGAGUUUUUCUAAAUGAUGCCGAUCCCAAUUUGGACAGUUACAUUUAUGUUAGGUACUACAUCAAUCUUAAGACCAAGAUGCAAUGCUGUGAUGACGGGGAUGAAACUCACAGUGUCAGGAGGAAGCUUUACCUUCCUGGCUCUCCUGCUGGAAAAGGUGCAAAAUGGGAAUGGGCUGGUGAUACCGAUGAUUGGCAUACGUAUGAUAUGGAGGUACAAUGUCUGAUAGAAGAAUCCUGGGCUAGGGGUGACAAGACAAUAGAUGUUUCCAAAACAUACCUUGGAUUUCCCUAUAUUAUUAAUUUUUGUAACUUGACCCAAGUGAGAUGCUGUACUGGAUAUGUGAGACCUGUACGGCGUUUACAACAAGCACCCUAUCCUUUGGUCAAGGUUGCAUUAGAAGAAUUACAAUUAGCUACUGGAAAAAAAGUUCCAAAUAUGGUAGUGAAAAAUACUGGCACCAAAGUAGCUCAUAAGAAACAAUCCAGUGCUAAUACUAAGAAGAGCAGCAAAAAGGGUAAAAAUGGAGAUACAGGACCUUCCAACAUAGCCAGAGUUAUUCUAAGCAACUUGAACAUAUUUGGAAGUAAACAUGGCAUAGAAAAUAAUCCGGUACCACCAGCUGAACCUUGUCAUAAGAGACAAGCUUGGGAUACAGUUUUGGAUGUGGAUUCUAGUAGCACAAAAAGUGGACGUCGACCCAGCGUGGACACUGUGUCAACGUAUUUAAGUCACGAAAAUCCAAUUGACUUGUUGGACAGCAGCAUGGGAAGCGACGAUGCCUUCAAAGACUCCGUAGUCGGCGUCGACAUGACUACUGAUGUUAUAUCUCAAUAUGUAAAAGUGGUAGAAAGUGCAGGGUCAGAUUCAUGUCCAAUCUGUCUUGGAACUCCAGAGCCUUUGACUGUAGAGUUAACGCGAUGCAGGCACAGACUACAUCUAGCUUGCUUAAAUGCAAUGCUAAGCUCACAGCAACAUCCUAUGUACAUACAGUGUCCGGUGUGUCGUUUGAUUUACGGUGAAAAAAGGGGCAAUCAGCCAUCAGGAACAAUGAACUGGACUAGAAUACCAAGAGCAUUACCUGGUUUCCCAAACACAAACACCAUACAAAUCACCUAUGAUAUCCCAUCCGGAAUUCAAGGACCAGAACACCCAAAUCCAGGGCAAGCUUACUAUGCUGUUGGAUUCCCACGGGUUUGUUAUCUUCCCGAUAAUGAUUUAGGUCGUAGAGUGUUGAGACUGCUUCAAAUAGCCUUUGAGCGAAGGUUGACGUUUACGGUUGGCCGAUCUGUGACUACUGGUCGCGAAGAUGUCAUCACUUGGAAUGAGAUUCAUCAUAAAACUGAACUUGGACCAUCUACCUCUGGACAUGGUUAUCCAGAUCCGAGUUAUCUAGAGCGUACCUUGGCAGAACUUGCUGCCCAAGGUAUUACUGACGGAAAAGUAUCCGCGCCUUUGUAUCAGGAAUUACGAUAAUUAGAUUAUAAAGUUUAUAUGCUUUUUUUUUACGGCUGAUCGUCAGAUUUCCAUUUAUACAUAUAAACAGACAAUGUGUAUUUGAAAGAAACUUAAAGAAGUAAGGUGGUGCUACGCGUUUCAUAUGAUGUCAUAUCGCGUUCACAGAA